AUGUCGGCAACGAAAGACCCCAUCACCUGCCACAUCCUCGAUACCACCGCCGGCCGGCCUGCAAAGGGCGUUCGGGUGAAGCUGGAGGGCGGACAUGCGCCACUGAAGACAUUUGAGUCGCAGACCGAUGACGAUGGCCGGGUCAAAUCUUGGCUGCCAUACAGCAGCGAGCAUGAAGCGGGCGAUGUGCCAAUCUACACACUGGAGGAGAUCUUGGCCGAGAUUGAGGGGACAUCCACAUGGACCUUGAGAUUCUAUACUGAGGCGUACUUUGGCGAGGGGAACACGUUCUUUCCCGAGGUGGUCGUUACAUUCAAGGUGCAAAAGGGCCAGCAUUACCAUGUGCCGUUACUUUUGUCCCCGUAUAGCUACUCAACUUACAGAGGAAGCUAG